UAUGAUUAAAUACAAAUGGGAAAUGUGUUCCUGUAUCGUAAAAAUAUUAACCUUCGGUAAAUUAGAACAAUACGUCAAGUAACCGUUAAGUAAAUAGCAAAUGACCCCGACCGACCCUUGAAGGUGUACUCCAACAGUGGCGAUAUAACCAACACAUGCAGUCAUUGUUGUAGAAAAGGUAGUCGUCACACAAGAGUAUAUAGCGUGUGUGUUUGUAUGCUGUAUCUGCAAGGAUGGGAACUAUUCAUACUUUCUUUGUAAUUUCCAUUAUUUUCUCAUGUUUAUCAGGCUCUGUUGAUGUUCAUUUUAUAACAAAACGAGAUGCAAGCCUUGAUGAUCGUAAGGACUGUCCGCCCGUCGAGGGUCAGCCACAACCCCCUACCAGAGUUGACACUACAGCUAGAUUGCAGGCUUUAAGAACAGAAAUGGGUACAGCGGAUGUUGAUGUGUAUAUAAUUCCUUCUGAAGAUGCUCAUCAGAGUGAAUAUCCGCCAUCUUAUGAUUUAAGACGAUCUUAUAUAUCAGGAUUAUCUGGUUCAGCAGGUAUAGCAGUAGUAACAGCGACCAAGGCAGCAUUAUGGACUGAUGGUAGAUAUCAUUUACAAGCAGAUGACGAGUUAGAUUGUAACUGGAUUCUUAUGAAAGACGGUGUCGAAGGUGUUCCUACGAUGACAGAAUGGAUUAUAGAACAAAUGAUGAACUCUACCACGAAAAAUGUUGGUGCAAGCCCGUUCUUGUUGAGUAGCAGUAAAUGGAAGACUUAUGAAGAAGCUUUCACACAAGAAGCGAUUACGAUGAAAUCAGUUGGUGCGAAUGACCUCAUUGAUAAAAUAUGGACAUCAGGACGACCAGAGAAACCAAAGACACCUAUAAACGCCCUUCCUUUAAAAUUUGCAGGUAGAAGUUGGCAAGACAAAAUAAACGAUUUAAGAAGUGAAAUGACCAAAAAGCAUGCUGGAGCAUUCAUUGUAACAAGUCUAGAUGAAACGGCGUGGCUAUUCAACAUUAGAGCUAAUGACAUUCUUUAUAACCCCUUUGUUGUAUCAUAUGCCAUUGUGGAAAUGAACCAGAUAAGUCUUUAUCUUAUUGAUUCUUCCACUAAAUUGUCACAAACGCCAACCGAUGAAGAGACAACUGAAACAUUAUAUGAACAUCUUAAUACUAACCAGGAUGGAACUUGUACUGGUAAAACCGGACUCUGUGUGAAGGUGUUAGAAUACAAUCAGAGUGGGCUACUGACAGACAUCGAAACUUUAGCAGAGACAUCUCAAAGUCUAAAAGUUUGGGUAACCAUCUUGUGCAACCAAGCUAUAUAUGAAACAAUACCCGAGACUCAAGUUAUACAAGCUAACUCCAAAGUUGCUCUUAUAAAAUCUAUGAAGAACAGCGUAGAGAGAGCUGGCAUGCAGAAUUCUCACAUACGAGAUGCUGUCGCCUUAAUAAAUUUUAUGACCAAGCUGGAAAAAGAGGUAAAGGAGGGAAAGAAAUGGACUGAAGUAUCGGCUGCUGCUGAUUUAAAAACCUACAGAUUCGAUCAGGAAUAUAACCGUGGAUUAAGUUUUAACAGUAUUUCUGGUGUAGGAUCUAAUGGCGCCAUUAUACAUUACUCACCCAGUAAUAUCACAGAUAAACAAAUAACAACAUCAGAAAUGUAUUUAUUAGAUUCAGGUGGACAAUACCUUGAUGGAACAACUGACGUGACAAGAACUUUUCACUUUGGUACACCAACCGAGUAUGAAAAGGAAUGUUAUACACUUGUUUUAAUGGGACAUAUUGAUUUAGCUUUAACCAAAUGGCCACGUGGUUUAUAUGGACGUGACUUUGAUGCCAUAGCAAGACAUCCAUUAUGGGAUGUUGGUUUAGUAUAUCGACAUGGUACGGGACAUGGUAUUGGAGCUUAUCUCAGUGUACAUGAAGGUCCUGGUCGAAUCUCCAUCUCUCACGCAGUUAACCCUAGUGAUGAACCUUUGGAUGAGAACAUGUUUUUCUCUGAUGAACCUGGUUAUUAUGAAGCUGGUAAAUUUGGAAUCCGUUUAGAGACAAUAGUAAUGACAGAAAUUGUUGAUACAAAGUAUCACUUCGAUGCCACAACUAUGCUAGGUUUUAAAGCCAUUACUUUGGUACCAUAUGAACCACAUCUGAUUAACUUCAGUAUGUUAUCACAGAGACAGAUUGACUGGUUGAAUGCCUAUCAUAAAAGAGUAGAAAAUGAAGUUGGACCUAAAUUAAGCGGCGAACCUUUGGAAUGGAUGAAAACGAGGACUCAGCAAAUUACAACUUCAAGUCCUGCUUCAAUUAUUUUACCCUCCAUUUUACUUAUUUGUAUAACUUCCAUUCUUUCUCUUUUAAAAUAAUCUCAUCUUACAAAUUUAUUUCUAGAUACAAAUUGUUCCUUUAAUAUUAGUAUAAUAUUUAUAAUUAUUGUUUUUUUUGUGAAACUCAAUAAAUUGUCCUUUUUUACCGUGGCUGAGAAUACUUCCCCAAAAAGUAUAAAGAUUGAAAAGUGUUCUGUGGAUUGUAGUUUAGACAGUAAUUCCUCACCAUUUAACUUUUAAUUCAAAUUAAUUAAAUGUAUUAAUCACCCCUAUUUUUAAUAUAGUAUGUGUAAUUGUAAUAUUAGAGUUCUAUCAAUCACCCCUAUUUUUAAUAUAGUAGAGUAUUAGUAGAGGUAAGUGGUAAAAGAUUAUUAUAAUUUACAAAUAUAUUUAAAUCAGAUGCCCAGUCAUUGCAGAUACCUUACUAUCAAAUAUUGAAAUAGUUUCCACAAUGCAGAGUGAGAUACUUAACAUUUCUUCUUUAAUUAACAACUAUUGAAAACUGGUUUGAUAGUGGAUAAUGGCUGGACUGUAAUAGGUCACACCAUAUACUAUAUCAAUCAUCAAAUAUAUUUUGUGACAAUACACUAAUUGUAAAUAUUUAAAAAGGGAAUCAUUGACUUGAACCCUCCUCACCUCAAGUACUGUGUCUAUAUGUUCAUUUUAAGCUACCUCCACGUUGCAUUGACACCACUUUCUCAUAUUUUGAGGUUCAUGUAUCCUUCCCUCCCGAAUUCUCCAAAAACCCUGCAACCAAACCUUCCUCUUAAAAAGUUAGUCUAGUUAGUUGGAUUUUUCCGUAAUGUUUCUAAAACAGUAAGUUUCGUAGAGAAAGGGCCUUUACAUUUGUAGUAAUUAUACUUUGUAACAAAUUCGUCAUGAAGUUAUGAUUUUGCCAUAAUAUAUCACUAUUGAUUAAUAAUGGAUAAUUUGUCUAUUCUCGUGUAAUAUAAUUAAAGUGUAAUCCAAAGAUAACAAUAUAUAUUUUCUUAAGUUUCUAAUAAAAUGAUUUUUUUUUCUAAAUAAAGCCUGUCUUUAA